AUGAGUUCAUCAGCAAAUAAUCAAGCAACAGCAGGCAAUACGACAAAUAAAUCAUUAUCAGUGCUUAUAACUGGACCCUAUGAAGCUGGUAAGAAAACAAUUGUUCACAUGGCAAAACAUGGUAAAAUUUCUGACAUUUCGCCAACAAUCGGUGUCGAAUUCGAAAAACUGAGUAUCAAUGAAACUCCUCUAUUGGUUUGGAGUUUGGGUGGACGUUCAAGAUAUCGUCCUAUAACAAUGUCAUAUUAUAGAAGAAUGUCAGCAUUUAUUUUUGUUGUUGACUCCAAUGAUCAUUUAAGCAUUGGUGAAGCACGUGAAAGACUUCAUCAAAUAGUUGGUGAUGAUCGUAUCGAAGAUAAACCUAUUCUCAUAUUUGCCAAUAAACAGGAUUUGCCCGAUGCAAUGAGUGUUGACCAACUUCGAGAUAAACUUCAUUUAGACAAAGUGGAUAAGAAGGUCAAAUGGCAUUUACAACCAGCAUCUGCUACUCAAAACCAAGGUCUUCAAGAAGGUUUCGAAUGGUUGAUACGUUCGAUUCCAAAACAAAAGAACCAAACAAAUCCCAUCGUAGAAACAGCGAAUGAUGCAAUUACGAUGAAAAACGAUUUCAUUUCAUUAUUCAAUAUCACUAAAUUUACUGCAGAUAUAUGGAGAAUUAUUUCUUCGUCAUUCACUCUUAUUGGAUAUAUAUUCAAACAUUGA